AUGAAUGGUGCUCAAGUAUCACCAAUUCAUGUAAAUAGUAUAAUUGUGGACUUCAACGAUUCAAAAGAUAAGGACUCGGGAACUAGCAAAGAUGGAACACAUAUUACUUGUUUAGAUUCUCCUGUGAAGCUGCUUCAAUUGAUAGCUUUUAGCUAA